CGGCGGCGGCGCAGGGAGCGCGGGCCCUCCGCGCCGACUCCAUGGACCCAAGGGGCGGCGGCGGCGGCGGCUGAGCGACCCUAGGCUGGCGCGUGAUGAGGAGGGGCCGGCGCCCGACCCCGCUGCACGUCGGAGCUCGCCUGGACCCGGGCGUUGGCACCCGAUGGGCCCUGGCCCCGGGACUCUCCGCUGCUAGCCCCUGUCAUUCCUUCUCCGCUUUUGCUUCUCUACUUUAGCUGGCGUGGGGUCUCCGGCCCCACGGCCCUCUUCCGGGCGUGCCUGGAGGAGUCCUCCCUCCGUGGCGCGCGGGAGCCCAGUGACGCGUCACCCGGCGGGACGGCUGAGCUGCUUCUCUGGGAAACCGUCCCCGCUUCCUCACGACCCUCUCCGCUCCCGCCUGGGUGCCUCUCGGGCCGGCGGUACCCGGAGGCUCGAAGCGACUUCCCGGGGGGCUGGUUCGCACGCACCCUUCCCCUCCGAGGCGGCGCGCGCGCUCCCGACCCCCGCCGCGGCCGGACACACUCGCGUCCCAGUCCGCCUGCCGCCCUCCCGCCUGCUCCCUCCAGUCACCCCACCCUUAGCUGUCCCCGCCACCUUACUCCACCACCCUCCCCCACCGCUCCGCUCACUCCGCGUCCCGGCCUCCGGCUCCCCUCUCCUUUGAACCGCUCACUUCACAGUCCUUCCGCCCCCGGGAAGAAGAAACAUUUUCCGAGGCGCACUCCUCAGCCCUCCCUCCCCACGCGCUCGCCCUCCCCUCCCCCUGCUCUUUCUUGGGGGAGGGGGGCUGUCGCCUUGGAUUGAAGGCCAUUGAUUUGUAUGUAUUUGUCCCAGCGCUGGAGGCUGCCCCAGCCGCCGCGCCGGUGCCGCCACUGCCACUGGAGUUGCCUCACCGCUUCCCUAGGGUGGUUCGGCUCCACCAAACAUGUCGGCUCCUGUCGGGCCCCGGGGCCGCCCGGCUCCCACCCCGGCGGCCUCUCAGCCGCCUCUGCAGCCCGAGAUGCCUGACCUCAGCCACCUCACGGAGGAGGAGAGGAAAAUCAUACUGGCCGUCAUGGAUAGACAGAAGAAAGAAGAGGAGAAGGAGCAGUCCGUACUCAGAAAACUGCAUCAGCAGUUUGAAAUGUAUAAGGAGCAGGUAAAGAAGAUGGGAGAAGAAUCACAGCAACAGCAAGAACAGAAGGGUGAUGCCCCAACCUGUGGAAUCUGCCACAAAACAAAAUUUGCUGAUGGAUGUGGCCAUAACUGUUCAUAUUGCCAAACAAAGUUCUGUGCUCGUUGUGGAGGCCGAGUGUCAUUACGCUCAAACAAGGUUAUGUGGGUAUGUAAUUUGUGCCGAAAACAACAAGAAAUCCUCACUAAAUCAGGAGCAUGGUUUUAUAAUAGUGGAUCUAACACACCACAGCAACCGGAUCAAAAGGUUCUUCGAGGGCUAAGAAAUGAGGAGGCACCUCAGGAGAAGAAAGCAAAACUACAUGAACAGCCCCAGUUCCAAGGACCCUCAGAUGAUUUAUCUGUACCUGCAGUGGAGAAAAGUCGAUCUCAUGGGCUCACAAGACAGGAUUCUAUUAAAAAUGGGUCAGGCGUGAAGCACCACAUUCCCAGUGACAUAGCUUCAGACAGGAAAAGAAGUCCAUCUGUGUCCAGAGAUCAGAGUAGAAGAUACGACCAAAGGGAAGAAAGAGAGGAAUAUUCACACUAUGCUACUUCCGAUAGCGCAAUGCCUAGAUCUCCAUCAGAUUAUGCUGAUAGGCGAUCUCAACAUGAACCUCAGUUUUAUGAAGACUCUGAUCAUUUAAGUUAUAGGGACUCCAACAGGAGAAGUCAUAGGCAUUCCAAAGAAUAUAUUGUAGAUGAUGAGGAUGUGGAAAGCAGAGAUGAAUAUGAAAGACAAAGGAGAGAGGAAGAGUACCAGGCACGCUACCGAAGUGAUCCAAAUUUGGCCCGUUAUCCAGUAAAGCCACAACCCUAUGAAGAACAAAUGCGGAUCCAUGCUGAAGUGUCCCGAGCACGGCAUGAGAGAAGGCAUAGUGAUGUUUCUUUGGCAAAUGCUGACCUAGAUGAUUCCAGGAUUUCUAUGCUAAGGAUGGACCGACCAUCAAGGCAAAGAUCUAUAUCUGAACGUAGAGCUGCCAUGGAAAAUCAGCGAUCUUAUUCAAUGGAAAGAACUCGAGAGACUCAGGGAUCAAGUUCUUAUGCACAAAGGACCACAAACCAUAGUCCUCCUACCCCACGGAGGAGUCCGCUACCCAUAGAUAGACCAGACUUGAGGCGUACUGACUCACUAAGGAAACAGCACCACUUAGAGCCUAGCUCUGCUGUAAGAAAAACAAAACGGGAAAAAAUGGAAACAAUGUUAAGGAAUGAUUCUCUCAGUUCAGACCAGUCAGAGUCAGUGAGACCUCCACCGCCAAAGCCUCAUAAAUCAAAGAAAGGAGGUAAAAUGCGCCAGGUUUCGUUGAGCAGUUCAGAGGAGGAAUUAGCUUCCACACCCGAAUAUACAAGUUGUGAUGAUGUUGAGAUUGAAAGUGAGAGUGUAAGUGAAAAAGGAGACAUGGAUUACAACUGGUUGGAUCAUACGUCUUGGCAUAGCAGUGAGGCAUCCCCAAUGUCUUUGCACCCUGUAACCUGGCAGCCAUCUAAAGAUGGAGAUCGUUUAAUUGGUCGCAUUUUAUUAAAUAAGCGUCUAAAAGAUGGAAGUGUACCUCGAGAUUCAGGAGCAAUGCUUGGCUUGAAGGUCGUAGGAGGAAAGAUGACUGAAUCAGGUCGGCUUUGUGCAUUUAUUACUAAAGUAAAAAAAGGAAGUUUAGCUGAUACAGUAGGACAUCUUAGACCAGGUGAUGAAGUAUUAGAAUGGAAUGGAAGGCUAUUGCAAGGAGCCACAUUUGAGGAAGUAUACAACAUCAUUCUAGAAUCCAAACCUGAACCGCAAGUGGAGCUUGUAGUUUCAAGGCCUAUUGGAGAUAUACCUAGAAUACCUGAUAGCACAUAUGCACAACUGGAGUCCAGUUCUAGCUCCUUCGAGUCUCAAAAAAUGGAUCGUCCUUCUAUUUCUGUUACCUCUCCUAUGAGUCCUGGAAUGUUGCGGGAUGUUCCACAGUUCCUAUCAGGACAACUUUCAAUAAAACUAUGGUUUGACAAGGUUGGUCACCAAUUAAUAGUUACAAUUUUGGGAGCAAAGGAUCUCCCUUCCAGGGAAGAUGGGAGGCCAAGGAAUCCUUAUGUUAAAAUCUACUUUCUUCCAGACAGAAGUGAUAAAAACAAGAGAAGAACUAAAACAGUAAAGAAAACAUUGGAACCCAAAUGGAACCAAACAUUUAUUUAUUCUCCAGUCCACCGAAGAGAAUUUCGGGAACGGAUGCUAGAGAUUACCCUUUGGGAUCAAGCUCGAGUUCGAGAGGAAGAAAGUGAAUUCUUAGGCGAGAUUUUAAUUGAAUUAGAAACAGCGUUAUUAGAUGAUGAGCCACAUUGGUACAAACUUCAGACGCAUGAUAUCUCUUCAUUGCCACUUCCCCACCCUUCUCCAUAUAUGCCGCGAAGACAACUCCAUGGAGAGAGCCCAACAAGGAGGUUACAAAGGUCAAAGAGAAUAAGUGAUAGUGAAGUCUCUGACUAUGAUUGUGAUGAUGGAAUUGGUGUAGUAUCAGAUUAUCGACAUGAUGGUCGAGAUCUUCAAAGCUCAACAUUAUCAGUUCCAGAGCAAGUAAUGUCGUCAAACCAUUGUUCACCAUCAGGGUCUCCUCAUCGAGUAGAUGUUAUAGGAAGGACUAGAUCAUGGUCACCCAGUGUCCCUCCUCCACAAAGUCGGAAUGUGGAACAGGGGCUUCGAGGGACACGCGCUUCUACUGGACAUUAUAACACAAUUAGCCGAAUGGAUAGACAUCGUGUCAUGGAUGACCAUUAUUCUCCAGAUAGAGACAGUCAUUUUCUUACUCUACCUCGCUGCAGAUACAGUCAGAGCAUUGACCAUCAUCACAGGGAUGGCAGGGAUUGUGAAGCAGCAGAUAGACAGCCAUAUCACAGAUCCAGAUCAACAGAACAACAGCCUCUCCUUGAGCGGACCACCACCCGCUCCAGAUCCACUGAACGUCCUGAUACAAACCUCAUGAGGUCGAUGCCUUCAUUAAUGACCGGAAGAUCUGCCCCUCCUUCACCUGCCUUAUCGAGGUCUCAUCCUCGUACUGGGUCUGUCCAGACAAGCCCAUCAAGUACUCCGUUGGCAGGACGAAGGGGCCGGCAGCUUCCACAGCUUCCACCAAAGGGAACAUUGGAGAGAAACAAUGGAGUCAAGGAGAUAGAACCUUAUGAAGAAGAACUGGACUCUACAAGGAGAAGAUAUGCAGGUACUAUGGAUAUAGAGGAGAGAAAUCGCCAAAUGAAAAUUAACAAAUACAAACAGGUAGCCGGAUCAGAUCCCAGACUGGAACAAGAUUACCAUUCGAAGUAUCGAUCAGGAUGGGAUCCUCAUAGAGGGGCAGAUAAUGUUUCUACUAAAUCUUCGGACAGUGAUGUAAGUGAUAUAUCUGCGGUUUCAAGGACUAGUAGUGCUUCUCGUUUCAGCAGCACAAGCUACAUGUCUGUCCAAUCAGAACGGCCAAGAGGAAACAAGAAAAUCAGUGUCUUUACAUCCAAAAUGCAAAGCAGACAAAUGGGCAUAUCAGGGAAGAACAUGACAAAAAGCACCAGCAUCAGUGGAGACAUGUGCUCGCUGGAGAAGAAUGAUGGCAGCCAGUCUGACACUGCAGUGGGCGCCUUGGGCACCAGCAGCAAAAAGCGGCGUUCUAGCAUUGGGGCCAAAAUGGUAGCUAUUGUUGGUCUCUCACGGAAAAGUCGCAGCGCUUCUCAGCUCAGCCAAACGGAAGCAGGAGGCAAAAAACUAAGGAGCACUGUCCAGAGAAGUACAGAAACAGGCCUGGCGGUGGAGAUGAGGAACUGGAUGACUCGACAGGCAAGCCGAGAGUCUACAGACGGCAGCAUGAACAGCUACAGCUCAGAAGGAAAUCUGAUCUUCCCUGGUGUUCGCUUGGCCUCUGAUAGCCAGUUCAGCGAUUUUCUGGACGGCCUUGGCCCUGCUCAGCUAGUGGGACGCCAGACUCUGGCUACACCUGCAAUGGGUGACAUUCAGGUAGGAAUGAUGGACAAAAAGGGACAGUUGGAGGUGGAAAUCAUCCGGGCCCGUGGCCUUGUUGUGAAACCAGGUUCCAAGACACUGCCAGCACCGUAUGUAAAGGUGUAUCUAUUAGAUAAUGGAGUCUGCAUAGCCAAAAAGAAAACAAAAGUGGCAAGAAAAACGCUGGAACCCCUUUACCAGCAGCUAUUAUCUUUCGAAGAGAGUCCACAAGGAAAAGUUUUACAGAUCAUCGUCUGGGGAGAUUAUGGCCGCAUGGAUCACAAAUCUUUUAUGGGAGUGGCCCAGAUACUUUUAGAUGAACUAGAGCUAUCCAAUAUGGUGAUCGGAUGGUUCAAACUUUUCCCUCCGUCCUCCCUAGUAGAUCCAACCUUGGCCCCUCUGACAAGAAGAGCUUCCCAAUCAUCUCUGGAAAGUUCAACUGGACCUUCUUACUCUCGUUCAUAGCAGCUGUAAAACUGUUGUCACAGCAACCAACGUUACAAAAAAAGAAAAAGAAAAAAAAAAAAAAAAGGUCACAGGUUGCAAACCCUGGUAACACUGCAUGCUUAAUGUUGUGUCUUCUGAGCCUGUUUCUAGGGAUACAAAGCGAUCCUGUGUUCUCAGAGGAAGUUGCACACAUUGUGCCCUAAAGAAGGACCUCAGGUGAAAGAACAGAGCUGUGAAGAACUAUCAGGUUUGGAAUGCAAUGAUGCUCGAGUUCUGGUCCAAUCUGAAGCCAUGGAUUAAUCUCAAAGAAUCAGUCAGUUUCAUGCAACAGAAGCCCUUUUCAAUGGCACCUUUAUAUUUUUAGCGUUCCUUUUUCUUCAUUUAUCUGAUCCCAAAGCCCUGAUAUGCCACAGAAAUGGAGCUAUACAACUAUGAAGCUGUGUUACAGGUCAAGGAGUGAAAUCCUAGGAAGUAUCAGGUGAAAAGCUGGAGACCAAAGAAGUGGUCAGGAACAAUUGUCAGCCCUCCUCUGGCCGGGGAUCGGAGCAGUCAGUCCAGCGGGAAGAGCGGUAGACUCUAGCUCCACGGGCACAUCAUUUACUAAUGCCAAUACGUGUUGGACUCUGAAAAACAAAAUUCUGUGGCUACACCGUACUGAAUGAAAUUAAAGAAACUUUUUUUGCAUGGACACAGAUUAGCUGAAUACUUAAAUUAUUUUCUUGGGGCUGCAACUUGCAAAAAAAAAAGAAUAAAAAUCAGCCAUUUUCAACAAUUUAUAUUAUUUUUAAAAAUAAAUUUCACUAGUGCAUGGUUUUAAAAGGAGAGAGAAUGCAACAGGGUGAUACAAAGAUACACCAUGUUUAUUCUUUAAUCAUAGUCUGUGUUUUGGCAGACAUUACAAAUGGAAAUACUUUCUAGAAGAUACUUAAAAUUCUCUUUAUGUGACAAAUAAGUAUAAUAUAUUCAAUUUAUUUCCAUGUUAAAUAUACAAAUCUUAUGAAGUUCAAUAUGUGCAAAUUUUUCACAUCUUUCUUCUCUCAGUUUUCUUCUUCUUCUCCCUCUUUUAAUCUUUUCUUUCUCCCUGCCAGAGUGAACCUUAUACUAAAAAAUUACAAGUUUUGAUCUGAUCCUUGCUUAAACCCCAUGUUUGAUUCAGAGCUGUAGAUGCCUCUGAAUUUGUGAAUUUCUCAAGGGAAAAAUAACUUUAAGAGCUUUCUUUAUUUCAAGCAUGUUGAAAAGGAUUUUACAACAUGACUUGGGAAUCCAUAAAAGUAAGUCAGCAUGUAUUUGACAAAGAAGAUAUUUGAACUUUUGCAGUUUAUUGUACAGUGCAUGGUAAUUUUUUUUCACCUUUAAAAUUCAGUUUACAGGAAAAUUCCAAAAUCAUGUGGCCAUUGUACUUUCUAAUAAAUUUAUUUUUAGCACCAGCAUUAUUCAUACAGGGGUUAAAGUAUUAUUUGUAGAAGGUCUUAGGUUUUGUUUAUUUUUUAAUUAGUUAAAGCAAUUUCUUUAGCCAGUUCCCAUUUACUAUGUGAAUAGAAACACUGCUAAAAAUUGGAAACCCUGAAACACAGGGCUGUUUAUUAAUUCAUUUUUUCUGUAGUAAAAUUCAAUUUUUCACAAAUUAUAUUUCUAAAGAAAUAUAGUAAACAUAAAUUUGCAACAAACAAUUUUAAAGCUCCAGUUUUUAGGUGACUCAAAAAAAGUCAGUAUGCCUAUUAAUAGUUAUUUGAUGCCAUCACCAAAAGUCUACAUGAAAAUCUCCUAAAGUCAAAACCCCUGCCUUUGGUUUUACAGACAGUUAUUACCAUUGGGUGGUGCUGCAAGGUCAAAUUUCUACUAAGUUCCCCUAUUUAGAGGAAGAGUCACUAGUUAUUGUAGUAAACCACCCAUGGUUCUUUAUGCAACUCUGAUAAUACAUUAUAAUAGUUUGAUUUUAAUUUUUUGCAUUAAUUUUAAAAAUCCACAUACAUCUCAUUUGUUUAAAUUGAGGCCAUGCACAAAUUUUUUUUUUUUAGUUCAAUGCUGACCAUUAAAAACUAUCAUGCUUGAUACGGUGCAAAAGUUAAAAUGAGUAUCACUAAAAAUGCCUUCUCUUUAUGUGGUGCAAUAUGAAAUAUACCGAGACCGUGUCUUGACAUUCUGAUGGACCCAGGUAACGUUGUUAAAAGAACAAAUAAAACUAUUAAAAUAAUUUAGACACCUGCGUACCAGCAACAAUUGAUUUAAUAGACCUAUAGUGUCUAUACUGUCCCUUAGAAUAAUGAUUUUCCUGAUACUAACAUGCAGUCACAUAAUCUUUUGUGCAUAUUCCUAUACAAAUUAUUUCUAAUUUUAAUAAGAAGGACAUGACUGUAUGGAAUAUUUGUACAUACUUGUCAUUAUGCAGUAUUUACUUAAAAGUUGGUUUUUUUGUUUGUUUGUUUGUUUUUUAAUUUUCACAUCUGCACCUCUACUUGUGGUUUAGUCAUGUAACUAGCACUAUGCCAGUGACCAUUGUUGGCCUGCAUAUAGUAUGUUUGAAAGUAAAGGGAAUUCCAGUUGGAAAAGAAAGGCAGAUUAGUCCUGUAAUGAACACCAACUAAUGUAAAUCAAAUUCAUUCUGGUGAUGGUAUUUAACACUUUAAAUAAAACAUUUUCUUUACAGA